AUGUCUAGCGAAAACCCUGCUCCUUUAGAACCAUUCCAUAUGCGAAACAAGCUUGCUCAGACAAUGGCAUAUUUGUUCAUUACCAGCUAUGCCAACGAGUGGCCCAGUUUUUUCGACGACUUGCUUGGAAUUGCAAUCAACCCUAUUAGCAACGCCAGGGGUGUCGAUAUGUAUUUACGAAUUCUCAAGGUGAUUCACGAGGAGAUCGGAGAUCAUCUUAUUUUAAGAACUCCUGAAGAAACCAAGCGUAAUAACGUUUUAAAAGAUCUUGUUCGAGAACGAGCAAUGACCAAAUUGGCAUCGUCUUGGAUGAAUAUUCUGGAAUAUUACAGCAACAACGAUCCAGCUACAAAUAAUGAUAACAAUACGACUUCUAAUAGCAUUAACGAUAAUAACAAUAGCAUCAACAGCAUUGGCAUCAACUCCACAAAUAAUAACAGCAACAUUAAUUCAAAAGAAAAUCUUUACGACAGUAUUUUAACUAGCGCUCUCAACGUUAUCGGAGGUUGGGUGUCGUGGAUUGAAAUCACUUUAAUUGUCAAUCCUCCAUACCUCAGUCUUAUUUUCAAUCAACUUGGCAGGCCAUCACAGCGACUGGCGGCUUGCGAUGCUCUGGCAGAAAUCAUUGCAAAGAAAAUGCAACCCUCUCACAAGCUCGAACUUAUUGGUCUAUUGAAUUUGACCACAGUUCUUGCCGAGCUCAACAAAACUUCCAAGGGCAGUACAGAUCCUGAAUUUGAAGAAAGAGUGGCUAAACUUAGUAAUAUAGUUGGACUCGAGCUAGUUCAUAUCGCUGAUGGAACUACGACAGUCACUUCUGGAGCUGCUUGUUCCCAGCAGGAUAUGGACAAGGCCGAGCAGCUCAUGGUUGAUUUACUUCCAACAAUCCUGGAAUUCCUUUCUAAUGAAUAUGACGAUACUUCAGUUCAAGUUCUACCAUGUUUGAACGAGUAUUUGCAAUUUAUCAGAAGAGAAGCCAAGAAGGAACGGUCAACCGCAGGUGGCACGGACUCUUCCCUUUCAACUCAACGACUGGAAAUUGUUUCGGUCAUGCUACGCAAGAUCAUUCUCAAGAUGGAGUAUGACGAUUCAACCGAAUGGAGUGGUGGUGAAGACGAGAGUGAGGGUGAGUUUUUAGAGCUCCGAGGAAAGCUUAAAGUGCUUCAAGACCAGAUUGCUGGUAUUGACGCAGAUCUGUUUACCGAUGGAAUGGCUUCUAUUAUUAAUACCUGUUUGGAAUCAGCCAACAAUAAAAAGUGGCAAGAGGUGGAACUGGGUCUGUAUGAGUUGUCUGCUUUUGGAGACUCGAUUCGCAACGGAUCUAUAAAAUCGUCAAGAGCUGAACAAACCUUUUUUGACUUGUUUAGCAAGAUGGUUCAUAGUGAUGUUGUGACUAUUAACCAUCCUUCCAUUCAAUUGUGGUACAUGGAACUGAUAAAUCGUCACUCCAAAUUUUUCACUCCUCAACAACCUCAACUUUUGUCGAAAGCUUUAGAAGUGUUCGUGUCUCCAUUGGGAGUCCACAAUCCUAAUAUCAAGGUACGAGUACGAUCUUGGUACCUCUUUCACAGAUUCUUGAAGACAGUCAAGAGCCUGGUCGGAGACAUUUCUCAACAAGUAUUCAGCUCUCUUGCUCCACUAUUGGUUGUAAGAGCAGAGCUACCUAGCAGCGACAAUGACUCUGAGAUGUCAGCUGAUUCAGCUUCUGACAGUGUUUUUGAUGCUCAACUGUACUUGUUUGAAUUACUUGGACUAUUGUUUGCAAAUGCCGACGACAACCAGGCUCGAACUCCCACGCAACAGCUUUUGCAAGCUAUAUAUUCGGAUAUCGAGCGUUGUCUUAGCUCCAGCAAUGGUACUGACAGUAGUCCUGAACAACAGCAGCUGAUUCUUCAAGUUCACCACAACCUUAUGGUGUUAGGAACAUUUGCUCGAGGUUUCGACGAUGUUACUAUCAGUGGUGGACCAGUAGGCAGAAGCGCAUCUAAGCCAUCUAUCCAAGAACUCAAGGGAUCGACGCAGGUCAUUCUUGUUGUCUUGGAACGGUUAUCUAAGUUCCAGAUUAUUCGAGAUUCGGCCCGUUUCGCAUUCUCCCGUCUUAUUCCACUUCUCGGUACACAAAUUCUCGGCGAGAUUUCUACUCUAAUCGGUGCUCUGCUUAACGAGAGUAAGCAAGAAGAAUUUGGCGAUUUCCUAUCCUUUUUGGGCCAACUUGUACACAGUUACCGUCAAGAAGAUGGGGUGUUUGAAAUGUUUGGUUCAUUAGCACCUCCUCUGAUUGAAAAAGUUUUUGUAUUUCUGAAUAGCGAUAAGUCCAGUACUGGUGGCGAGCUUGACGGAUCCACAGAUGCGUUUAUUCUAAAAAGAGACCUGCGUCGUCAAUACCUCCAAUUUGUGUUCAAUGUCCUCAACAAUGGAUUUGGCGCUAUAUUCCUUGUCGGCAACAAUGGAUCCACCACAUUUGGCGCCGUCAUGGAAAGCCUGUUUCAUUAUGCUGGAGAUUUGACUGAUCCUAACGCUGAAAAACUUGCCAUUGCAUCUCUAGGAAAAAUGAUGACUAUUUGGGGCACUGGCGAGAUUCGCGCGGAUACCACCACUCCCACUGUCAAGGCCUUUGCUGAAGGUAUGAAAGUGCCAGUGUUCAGCGAUGGUCAGACUAUUCUUGAGCAGUACUCGCAAGCCUGUUGGACCCUACCCAGCAAAUCAGGCUAUGACAGCAAAGACGCACAAAUCCGUCUUGUUCUCGGCGAGUUGGCAACUCUUCAAAAGAUCGUAUUCGAACAAAAGAAAGAUGUAUAUUCCAGUUUCCUGGCGGGUUAUCUAUCGCGACUGGGUCUACCUCAGAACAUCUGUCAAGAGUAUCUGACCCAGCUUGCGCAACUCAAGCCCAAGGAGUUUAAAAAGUAUUUUACAGACCUUGUUGUGCGCAUGUCGUCCUAG